AUGAUCCUCAUGUCGAACUGCUUUCGCUUCAGAGGUCGAAAGGGCAGCACUACUGCCCUUUUCGAGGUUAUGUCGCGUGCUAACCAUUCGUGCCUCCCAAAUGCCCGGAUGGUCGGUGAUGGCCAUCCAGCGAUGCUCAUGACAACAACGUAUGUCAAUUCUCAGGAAGAGAUCUUCCUGAGCUACGGAGGAUGGGAAACGGGCUUUACUGAGCAGCCAUUCCAUCAGCGCCAGAGCCAUCUGCUGGACAAUUGGGGCUUUUUUUGCCGGUGCUCUCGCUGUCAAGAGGAAGAAGCUCUUCAGAUCAAGCCGGACGUAACACAAAUCUCAGCAGGCUCCGCCGCCUGA